UUGACCACUAGGAGAAGUGUUAAUCACGCGUCGAUCGCGCUCGACUGUUUCUUUGGAUUCCUCACGCGAUCCUAAACGACGCGCGCGUGCUCCGAACCAUCGCGCAUCGCGCAUUACACUUCUUUCAGUUUCUUCAUGCUUAUAGUGUGCUACUAUACGCUGUAGAAGAUUCUCGUUUUCGACGGCAACAGCAUGUAUACAAGAUUGCCUACGGAGGUACGAGGUGGUAAAUCGAUAAGGAGUUGCGUAAGGAGAAGAAGAGAAAGUAGAGCCAUGAAAUGAUUUCUCGAGAAAGAGGAAAUAAAACUCAAGAGGGAGAUUGAGAAAAGUUUUGACAUUUGAAUAUUUGUUAUUGAACAUCGAUCUUUGCACGACAACAAUAACCGAUUAAAUUACUUCUGUUAUCGAUUUUGAGCCGUUAUUAUGACAACAAUGUGUCAGUUUAAGAAAUCGUUUGUGCUUAAUCGUGUAGCAGGUGUAUCCGUGAGAAAACAAUUGAAAGGAGCCGAUUGAAAGGGAAGCAAGUUGUGCAAUUAAAGAAACGAGACGAUUGAAGGUGAUUCGAUGAACACUGAGGAUUAACGGAAGCGUCGUUAUGUUUGCAAAGUCAAAAAGCAGUGGCUCGACACCGAGCAUUUUACUUCCGACUCCUCUUCAAAAUUUGUACGAGGUUGGCAAACAAGCGGCUACGGCAGGUCCUGAAAACGCCUGGCGUAUAUACGACGGAUAUACGAAAACGGAUCGAAAGGAAGUUUCUAUAUUCUUCUUCGACAAAAGGUCGGUUGAUAAGCUUCACAAACCAAAGCGGAAGGAAACCGUCACCGAAAUUUUACGAAACGGAGCACGACAAAUGGAACUGUUGUCUCAUCCGAAAAUACUACAAGCAUAUAAGGUCGAGGAAUGCGCUGAUAGUUUGGCAUUCGUUUCGGAGCCGGUUCUAGCUAGCCUUGCGAACGUUUUGGCAUAUCAAGAACAACGAGCAAAUAACGUUGGCCAAUCAUCGAGUAACGUAAUGAAACAAACUUCUUCGAUCGCAAGUCAUCGUGCUACUUAUGUGAAAGAGUACGAGUUACUCGAUAUCGAGAUCAAAUAUGGAUUACUGCAGAUUGCGGAGGCUUUGCUUUUUUUUCAUGAAAGCUGCAAAUUUCUUCACAGAAACGUUUGUCCUGCAAGCAUUAUAAUUACCAAAAGAGGCACUUGGAAAUUAUCAGGCCUCGAAUUUAUCGAAAAAGUUAACGAAGUACCGAUGAUAUCACAACCUUGGACUAACCGUAUGCCAAAAAUGACACAACCAAAUCUUGAUUACAUAGCUCCGGAAGUGCAGCAAAAGAAACUGGUUGGUUUCUACAGCGAUAUGUAUAGCUUCGGUAUGACGAUAUGCGCGAUAUUUAAUCAAGGACGUUCAUUGAUUCAAGCAAACCAUAAUUGUUCCGAGUACUUGAAACAACUAGAAAACCUUGAAGAGCAAGUUCGUGCGAUACUACCAUUAAUUCCUCUUCCACUUCGAGAGGUUGUUUCUCGACUUUUACACGUUGAUACAGAAAUGAGACCACCCAUCGACGUUUUGCCAAGAAUGAAAUAUUUUAAAGAUCCACCUGUGUACGCUCUUCAAUUUCUGGAUGUUAAUAAGAUGAAAAGUGUAUUACAGAAAGAGCAUUUCUAUACGACUACUUUGAAAGGAGCAUUUCCUUACAUACCAAGAAAACUUUGGUACCAACAUAUCUGGACGUAUUUGGAAACCGAGUUAGAAAGUCAAGAAGUUCAAUCGGCUGUAUUACAACCAGUACUUUACAUUGUACAAAACAGUACACAAGAAGAGUACGAUCAAAUUGUAUUUCCACCGUUACGUAAUAUUUUUCUAUCUCUUUCUCAUUCGCAUGUUAUGCCGUGUCGUACCAGAACGGUCACGUUAUUGGAAAACUUGCAUUUAAUACUGAAAAAAACAUCUCGAGAAUAUGUGGAGAGUGAGAUACUUCCGAUGUUAUACACAUCAUUUGAAAAUUCAACUACUCAAGUACAGACUGCAGCGUUCGUAGCUGUAUCAAACGUAAUUGAAUACAUAGAUGAUGAAGCCGUUCGGAAUAUCGUACUGCCAAAACUACUACAAGCUUUUGAAAAAAAUUUGGUAGACUCUCGAAUACUUAUGAACGUUAUUCCCUGCAUUUUAAACCGGCUAGAAAAACAAAAAAUCAUCGAUUGCAUUUUGCCGUUGUUGUUCAAUGUAAAACUUCAAGAACCGGAGAUAAUCGUUCGGGUUGUAAAAAUUUACAGAUUGAUGUUAACCGACAAGAAGUAUGGACUUUCUGUGAGCUGGAUGGCGACUCGAGCAAUGCCUUCUUUACUACCUCAUACUAUCAACCUCGCACUAAACCUUGAACAGUUUGAGAUGCUCCACAAAGUGUUACAAGAUAUGCUGAAACACAUAGAAAGAAAUCAGAGGAAUCAAUUGACUCUGGACAAUUUAUCGUUCUCGAGCCCAGAACGUUAUCGAAGCUUACGGCAUCAACAUAGCACGGAUAAUAUGUAUGUUGCACCCUUCAAUAUACCAAACUUACGUAUCGAACAACGUAAAACUUCUUCGGCUGAAGAUAUGGCUAGGAAGAAUAGUAGUAAUUCAAUGUCAACAACAGUCUCGGCUGAAAACAUGGCGAGAAAAAACUUCUUUACCUUGAGAUGGUUCUCAUCUUCAAACAACGAUAAUAGUAAUUUCCUGAAAGUGGCGAAUACUAUUGCAAGUAGGCGAUUGUCGGAGAACACUCUGAUGACACCGAAAAUCCACGUAGCACCAUCCUGUGAGAGUUCUCCAGGCGUUACACCCAGUGAUGGAUUUCUAAUACGUCGUCAUUCGACUACUGGUCCACAAGACCGACGCGGAUCGAGCAUAAAUUUAUCACCUCCUUUGGGUGGGGGUAUACCGAUUACCAGUAGCAGCGUGCCAUACUUGGUUAGCCCGAGCAUGAAUAGCAUACGUGGCUCGAGGUGUCCGUCCAUCUCCUCGACAUCCUCUCAGCAAGGGGCCGGAUGGUUACAGCAGGUUGGCUCCAACAUGGUAAGACAACAACCCCCCAUCUGCCUCAACCUCAAUGGACCAUCACCACCACCACAACCACCAACACUUUCUCCAUUACUCCAGCUACCGGGACAGUCUUUCCACUGAUCCUCCGUUACAGUUAUCAGUUCUUCAACAAACAGUUCGACGCUUGAACCGUGGUCUUUUGUCUAUAAUCCACUUUCGUAAAUUACUGCAUAACUAUAAACAACCUACUGAUUGCCGUUGCUAACCACUGAUUAACACAUCAAAAUGAAAUAAAAUGCAGCAGAGAAGAAUAAUUUUAUAGACAUCUUUUGCUGAAUAUAGAGAAAUGCGAAACCAAGGUGACAUCAUUUGUUAAUCGAAUUCAAUAAUAUAUAAUUAUGUAUCUUUAUGACAAGAUAUAUUAGUGUAUCGAUACUUUCUGUUCUUAACAUAUAUGCAUAUACAUAUAUAAUAUUUGGACUCUGAAUGUAUCGGUGAAGAUCUUCUGUGCAAAGGAGCAAAGACUUUAAUUUCUUGUAAAGAAGUCGAACAAUUCGAGACCUUUUGAAGUGGCCUAAUUACAUAAUUAAUAUCCACAUUUGUUGUUUGUGUCAUCGUUCAAGAUUCCAAC